UGUUGUUUUGAUCCAUAACUUCAAGGUAACUAUUAAUAAGGGAGAUUUCUUCAAUUUAAUAUUAGUUAGGGUUCGGAAUGUCAUUUACCCUGAAUGACUCUGGUCAAUACUAUUGCAGUGAUGUUGCUUAGACUAAUAAUUCUUUUAAUAUGGCUCUUUUUAUUUUUAUUAAAGCCCAAGUGCUUGCCUAGAUCAGUUGACACUGACUUGGAGGUGAAUUGUCACUUCCCCAGGGGACCAAAAGUUGUGCCAAAGAGACAGGGCAGGGCUAUUGCUUCUACAAAGAGAAGCUAAGGAAGAUUUUUUGUGUAUGUCUUUAGCAGAAAAUUCUGUUUUCUUAUAGCUGCAGGUCUGGGAAUGGCCCCAAGGUGAGAUCAGUUGGUUCCACUUCAUGAUCCUUUCAUCUAUUUUCAUUUCUGUUUCUAUGUCUUCUGCUAGGUAUCAUGUCUUUCCACCCUGUUGCCUUUUUCUUACUAAAGAAAAGUUCCCUAAAGUUCAUUAAAGAAAUGAGGUUUAUCUAUUACUUUGUUAUAUGUUAUUUUUUUAAUUAUCCAUUGCAAAAAACUCUUUUUGGGGUUUCUUUGUAAUUCAUUGAUUUAUUAUUUUUCUUGUGUUCGAUUUAAAAUGUGUGCACACACAGCAAAGACUUCUUGAGUUGUUUUCUCCUGGAAGCAUUAUUAUUUCAUGUGUGCAUUUAAGUCUGCAACUCAGCCGGGUCGGUCUUUAUAUAUCCUGUGAGACUUGACCUGAGGCUUGCUUUUCCCACUUGGAUUUCCAGUUGUCUGGCACCAUGUGCUGCAAAGCCUGACCUCUUUCUAGUGCAUUCCAGUGGCUUUGCUGUAAAUCUGGCUUCGGAGUCUGAGUGGGCUUUUUGGAUUUCUUUCCCCUGCUGGUGGCUCUUUAACUUGGCAAAUACCCUAGUUUAAUUGCUGUAGCUUUACAAUCAGAUGCAACAAGAGGUGUGUCAAGAUCUCCAGUUUUAUUCUUUUUCAAGGUUGUCUUGGAUAUUCUUGGCCCAGACCAAAUAUAUCAGAAGCUGUCUUAGGUGUAGAAACUUAAAAACUUCUUUGUUGGUUACAAAGUGCUGCCAAGGACGAGAAUCAUUUCCUGAGAACUUUGCAGUGGAUCCCGAGUCUCUAACAGGGCCCACGGAAAAGUCGUUCUGCAGAAGGCACUGUAAAGAAAAGCACACCCUAAGCCCACCAGAAGCCAGUCCAUAGCGAAUUCUUAAGAGCUGAUACUGAUACUCUUCUGUUGAAUUUUUCCCCCUCUGACUUAUACUCAUCCUCAUUUUUUUAUUUACCGCAGAGAAGUGCUGGACAAACUAGAAAAGCUAUUUUCUUAAAAGAUCUUUCAAAACCCCCACAGCUUUAAUAUCAUCCUGUUGCGGUGUUAUUGUCAGAUUUAAAUUCUGUGGGAAAUGGGCCUCUUCUUAGUUCUUUAGUUUUAAACUCAUAAAUUCCUUUUGUUAAAGCUUUUUAAAUUGAAAUCUAGCAAACUCCCACAAGCAUUUGCUAUUACUCUGAAAUAUUUGAGCUCACUGAGACCUAGUACUGUGUUUGUUUUUAGAAUAAAAGACAGUUGGAAGUAGUUUUCUGCGUGUGCUUCCACAGUGAAAGCUGGGGUAAUGCUUGGGCUUCAGUGCUUACGCUGUGUGCAACAACCCAAGCACACCCGGGGCUUCUCUUAUAUUCUGUGUCCAAACAUUUAAACACAUUUCAAACACAAUGGUGGAGAAUGAGAGGGAAGGAGAGACUGCGGUUUCCAGGGCCUUCGUGGGCGCCAAGCUCAGGGCAGUUCGAUGUGGGAAUGGCUGCAGGCGUCACGGCUCCAGCACCUGAAGGUCUUGUCGCCCCUAGGGCAGUCCGGGCCAUCCAUGUACUGCCUGGCCCUGGUGUCUGCUCUAUCUCAUUACACGGACCAUCCCUCCGCGUGGCCAGGGCAGGCAGAAGGUGGGAGGGAGCUGAAGAGAACAAAGUUGAGUGCCCAGGGCCCACUGAGCAGGACCCUGAAGGCUGGCCUGGGCAGUGGACCCAGGAGGGAGGCAGGUGCAGCUUGUUAGGCAGGGCUGUGGUCACGGGGAAGGCACAGGUGCAGAGUGGAGCCCAAGAGGCAGGAGGAGCAGUGCAGGCCACAGGGCAGGUGGAGAAGGAGGAAGUGGGAGUGGAGGCGGGGCUGGCGGGUGAGGGCGUGGCCUUUCCCAGUUCCCUGCAGGCUCUGCUUUCACCAGAAGACACUUGAAGGAGCCACACCUUCAGUGUACAAAGAGCCCCUGCGCUCCGGAGCUGCCCCUGAGGAGCCCAGGAAAGAGGCUGCAGCCUGACUGGCUCUGCACCCAGCUCCCUGUUUCCCUUAGCACGGGGACCUAAGCUCCAGAGUCCUGUCCCCCUGCCUGAGGGGAGGAGCUGCACACCCGAGAAAGACCAGAUCCCCGAUGGCUGGGCGGACGGCCUUCUGAGGCACGCUUUCCUUCUCCGUCCUCUUUCAGGUCCCACUUGUGUAAGGGCAGUGGUAUAAUAGUAAUGGCGUCCUUCUGUUCUUGUGCUGGGCCGCUCUUCGUUUGGGGGUCACCUAGAUUAUCUUGUCCGUUACUUUUGUUUCUCUGAGGUCUCUUUCUCCUCUGCUUGCGGGGUUCCUCUUCCAGCCCCGAGGCUAAUCAGCCACAUGGUUUUCCUGGUCAUGGUACCACACCCGCGGUCAUCCGGCUGCAUCAAGGACUUGUGUGCGCGCGCGCACGGCGUGUGCUUUUUAACGGUGUUUCAUCUGUAGUUCGGUUUCCUCCAAAGAACUCAAGGAGGACAAGGCAGGUGAGCACGGUACCGUGCAGACCUUUGGCACCGAAUGCGUUGCACCUGCGUGGUAGUCUGCGCCGAUGAGACCGUGUUUGCCAGUAACAAGGCUUCCCCAGGCUGCUCGGGAAACUCCCAGGUGUGGUUCUGUCUGCCCUCCCUGUCUGUCCCUCGGCAGGACGGACUUAGCCCUCCACGUUUGUGCGUGGGGAUCCCAGUUAACUCAGGAUACGAAUGGGCCCUCCAAGCGGGGGAUCGUGGGAGACUCAGGCUGACGCUGUGUGUGUUCCCCCAGGUCAGAACUGCGGAGGCUUGGUCCAGGGCCCCAACGGCACGAUUGAGAGCCCGGGCUUCCCCCACGGCUACCCCAACUACGCCAACUGCACGUGGGUCAUCGUCACGGGGGAGCGCAGCCGCAUCCAGCUGUCUUUCCACGCCUUCGCCCUGGAAGAGGACUUCGACAUCCUGUCGGUGUACGACGGGCAGCCGCAGCAGGGGAACCUGAAAGUCAGGCUGUCCGGAUUUCAGCUGCCCUCCUCCAUCGUCAGCACAGGAUCUAUCCUAACCCUGUGGUUCACCACGGACUUUGCAGUGAGUGCCCAGGGCUUCAAGGCGCUGUAUGAAGUUUUACCGAGCCACACCUGUGGGAACCCCGGGGAGAUACUGAAAGGAGUUCUUCACGGAACAAGAUUCAACAUAGGAGACAAGAUCCGGUACAGCUGUCUCUCGGGCUACACCCUGGAGGGGCACGCAGCCCUCACGUGCAUCGUCAGCCCAGGCAGAGGCGCCUCCUGGGACUUCCCAGCCCCUUUCUGCAGAGCUGAAGGCGCAUGUGGAGGGACGCUGAGGGGAACCAGCAGCACCAUCUCGAGCCCACACUUCCCCUCAGAGUACGAGAACAACGCAGACUGCACCUGGACCAUCCUUGCUGAGCCUGGGGACACCAUUGCUCUGGUCUUCACUGACUUCCAGCUGGAGGAGGGGUACGAUUUCCUGGAGAUCAGCGGGACAGAAGCACCAUCCAUAUGGCUGACGGGCAUGAACCUCCCCUCUCCUGUUAUCAGCAGCAAGAACUGGUUACGUCUGCACUUCACAUCGGAUAGCAACCACCGGCGCAAGGGGUUCAACGCUCAGUUCCAAGUGAAAAAGGCCAUUGAGCUGAAGUCAAGAGGAGUCAAGAUGCUUCCCAGCAAGGACAGCAGCCACAAGAACUCUGUCUUGAGUCAAGGCGGCUCCUCCUCGGCCUCCGACAUGUGUCCAGACCCUGGGAUUCCAGAGAAUGGCAGGAGAGCGGGUGCUGACUUCAGGGUCGGUGCCAGUGUGCAGUUUUCCUGCGAAGACAACUACGUGCUCCAGGGUUCCAAGGCCCUCACAUGUCAGCGGGUGACGGAGACGCUUGCAGCAUGGAGUGACCACAGGCCCAUCUGCCGUGCAAGAACGUGUGGGUCCAACCUGCGUGGGCCCAGCGGCAUCAUCACCUCCCCUAACUACCCGGUUCAGUAUGAGGACAACGCACACUGCGUGUGGGUGAUCACCACCACUGACCCCGACAAGGUCAUCAAGCUCGCGUUUGAAGAGUUCGAGUUGGAAAGAGGAUACGACACGCUCACCGUGGGGGACGCUGGGAAAGUGGGGGACACCAGAUCCGUCCUGUAUGUACUCACGGGAUCCAGUGUUCCUGACCUCAUCGUGAGCAUGAGCAACCAGAUGUGGCUGCACCUGCAGUCUGACGACAGCAUCGGCUCCCCUGGGUUCAAGGCCGUUUACCAAGAAAUUGAAAAGGGGGGGUGCGGUGACCCCGGAGUCCCUGCGUAUGGGAAGCGGACGGGCAGCAGUUUCCUCCACGGGGACACGCUCACAUUCGAGUGCCAGGCCGCCUUCGAGCUGGUGGGCGAGAGGGUCAUCACCUGCCAGCAGAACAACCAGUGGUCAGGCAACAAGCCCAGCUGUGUGUUCUCCUGUUUCUUCAACUUCACGGCGUCCUCUGGCAUCAUCCUCUCCCCGAAUUACCCAGAGGAGUAUGGCAACAACAUGAACUGCGUCUGGCUGAUCAUCUCCGAGCCAGGAAGCAGGAUCCACCUCAUCUUCAAUGAUUUUGAUGUGGAGCCUCAGUUUGAUUUCCUCGCAGUCAAAGACGAUGGCAUUGCUGACACAACGGUCCUCGGCACAUUUUCCGGCAACGAAGUGCCUGCCCAGCUGGCCAGCAGCGGGCACAUAGUGCGCCUGGAGUUCCAGUCUGAUCACUCCACCACUGGCAGAGGGUUCAACAUCACCUACACCACAUUUGGGCAAAAUGAGUGUCACGACCCAGGCAUCCCUAUAAACGGGCGGCGUUUUGGUGAGAGGUUUCUCCUCGGGAGCUCAGUGUCCUUCCACUGCGAUGACGGGUUUGUGAAGACGCAGGGCUUGGAGUCCAUCACCUGCAUCCUGCAGGAUGGGAAUGUGGUGUGGAGCUCCGCCGUGCCCCGCUGCGAAGCCCCAUGCGGUGGACAUCUGACGGCAUCCAGUGGGGUCAUUCUGCCUCCCGGAUGGCCCGGAUAUUACAAAGAUUCUUUAAACUGUGAAUGGAUCAUUGAAGCAAAACCAGGACAUUCCAUCAAAAUUACCUUCGACAGGUUCCAGACAGAGGUCAACUACGACACCCUGGAGGUCAGGGACGGCCCUGCCGGCUCCGCGCCCCUGAUCGGGGAGUACCACGGCACGCAGGCACCCCAGUUCCUCAUCAGUACCGGCAACUACAUGUACCUGCUGUUCAGCACCGACAGCAGCCGCUCCAGUGUGGGCUUCCUCAUCCACUACGAGAGCGUGACCCUCGAGUCGGACUCCUGCCUCGACCCGGGCAUCCCCGUGAACGGCCAUCGGCACGGCAGUGACUUCGGCAUCAGGUCCACGGUGACCUUCAGCUGUGACCCUGGCUACACCCUGAGCGACGAGGAGCCCCUGGUGUGCGAGAGGAACCACCAGUGGAACCACGCGCUGCCCAGCUGCGACGCCCUGUGUGGAGGUUACAUUCAUGGGAAGAGUGGAACAGUCCUAUCUCCUGGGUUUCCAGACUUUUAUCCCAACUCCCUCAACUGCACGUGGACCAUUGAAGUGUCUCAUGGAAAGGGGGUGCAAAUGAUCUUCCACACCUUCCACCUGGAAAGCUCCCAUGACUUCCUCCUCAUCACUGAGGAUGGCAGCUUCUCCCAGCCGGUGGCCAGGCUCACAGGCUCUGUGCUGCCCCACACCAUCAAGGCUGGCUUGUUUGGAAACUUCACUUCUCAGCUGCGCUUCAUUUCAGACUUCUCCAUUUCCUAUGAGGGCUUCAACAUCACCUUUUCAGAGUACGACCUGGAGCCCUGUGAUGACCCUGGCGUCCCUGCCUUCAGCCGCAGGAUCGGCUUCCACUUCGGCGUCGGGGACGCGCUGGCUUUCUCCUGCUUCCCCGGCUACCGCCUCGAAGGUGCGGCCGAGCUGACGUGCCUGGGUGGGGGCCGCCGUGUGUGGAGCGCACCUCUUCCCAGACUUAUUGCUGAAUGCGGAGCAAGUGUGAAAGGCAAUGAAGGAACAUUACUGUCUCCAAAUUUCCCGUCCAAUUACGAUAAUAACCACGAGUGUAUCUAUAAGAUAGAAACAGAAGCUGGCAAGGGGAUCCACCUCCGCGCUCGGAGUUUCCAGCUGUUCGAGGGCGAUACCCUAAAGGUUUACGAUGGAAAAGACAGCUCCUCGCAUCUGCUGGGAAGCUUCAGCAAGAACGAGCUGCUGGGGCUGACCCUCAACAGCACCUCCAACCACCUGUGGCUGGAGUUCAACAGCAACAGCUCGGACACGGACCGCGGCUUCCAGCUCACCUACACGAGCUUUGAUCUGAUCAAGUGCAAGGACCCUGGCAGCCCCAACUACGGCUACCGGAUCCGUGACGAGGGCCACUUCACAGACACCGUGGUCCUGUACAGCUGCAACCCUGGCUAUGCCAUGCAUGGCAGCAGCACGCUCACCUGCCUCAGUGGGGACCGGAGGGUGUGGGACAAGCCAGUGCCCUCCUGUGUAGCGGAAUGUGGAGGUCACAUCCACACAGCUACAUCCGGUCGCAUCUUGUCCCCUGGCUACCCGGCCCCCUACGACAACAACCUGCACUGCACCUGGACCGUGGAGGCCGACCCGGGAAGGACCAUCAGCCUGCACUUCAUUGUGUUCGACACGGAGCUGGCGCACGACAUCCUCAAGGUGUGGGACGGCCCGGUGGACAGCGCCAUCCUCCUGAAGGAGUGGAGCGGCUCGGCGCUGCCCGAGGAGAUCCACAGCACCUUCAACUCGCUCACGCUGCAGUUCGACAGCGACUUCUUCAUCAGCAAGUCUGGCUUCUCCAUCCAGUUCUCAACCUCGGUUGCAUCCACUUGCAAUGACCCAGGGCUGCCCCAGAACGGCACCCGCUACGGAGACAGCCGGGAGCCAGGGGACACCCUCACCUUCCAGUGUGACCCGGGGUACCAGCUCCAAGGACAAGCCAAGGUCACCUGUGUGCAGCUCAACAACCGGUUCUUCUGGCAGCCAGACCCGCCCAUGUGCAUAGCUGCCUGCGGCGGGAACCUGACUGGCCCCUCGGGAGUCAUUCUGUCCCCCAACUACCCGCAGCCCUACCCCUCUGGCAAGGAGUGCGACUGGAGAGUAAAGGUGAACCCCGACUUCGUCAUCGCCUUGAUCUUCAGAAGCUUCAGUAUGGAGCCCAGCUACGACUUCCUGCACAUCUAUGAGGGCGAGGACUCCAAUAGCCCGCUCAUCGGGAGUUUCCAGGGCUCCCAGGCCCCGGACAGAAUCGAGAGCAGCGGGAAUAGCCUUUUCCUGGCAUUUCGGAGCGACGCUUCCGUGGGCUUGUCCGGGUUCGCUAUUGAAUUUAAAGAGAAGCCGCGGGAAGCUUGCUUUGACCCUGGGAACAUCAUGAACGGCACCAGAGUUGGCAUCGACUUCAAACUGGGCUCCACUGUCACCUACCAGUGCGACUCUGGCUACAAGAUCAUGGAGCCUUCGUCCAUCAGCUGUGUGAUCGGGGCUGACGGGAAGCCGUCCUGGGACCACAUCCUGCCCUCUUGCACAGCUCCGUGUGGAGGCCAGUACUCGGGGUCCGAAGGGGUGGUCCUGUCCCCCAACUACCCACACAACUACACUGCGGGCCAGACCUGCCGCUACACCAUAACUGUGCCAAAGGAAUUUGUGGUGUUUGGACAGUUCGCCUACUUCCAGACAGCACUCAACGAUCUGGCAGAGCUCUUUGACGGGACCCAUCCCCAGGCCAGGCUGCUGAGCUCCCUCUCGGGGUCUCACUCAGGUGAAACCUUGCCUUUAGCCACGUCCAAUCAGAUCCUCCUGCAAUUCAGUGCGAAUAGCGGUGCAUCUGCCAGGGGCUUCCACUUUCUGUAUCAAGCUGUUCCCCGGACCAGUGACACACAGUGCAGCUCCAUCCCUGAGCCCAGAUAUGGCAGGAGGAUCGGAUCUGACUUCUCUGCAGGCUCCAUCGUUCGAUUUGAGUGCAACCCCGGGUACCUGCUGCAAGGCUCUGCGGCCAUCCGCUGCCGGGCAGUGCCCAAUGCACUGGCACAGUGGAACGACUCCAUCCCAAGCUGCGUGGUUCCCUGCAGUGGCAAUUUCACCCAGCGGAGAGGCACAAUCCUGUCCCCCGGCUACCCUGAGCCCUAUGGCAACAACCUGAACUGCGUGUGGAGGAUUGUGGUGACUGAGGGGUCCGGGAUUCAGAUCCAAGUGAUCAGCUUCGCCACGGAGCAGAACUGGGACUCACUGGAGAUCCAUGACGGGGGAGACCCGAGCGCCCCAAGACUGGGCAGCUUCUCAGGGACCACGGUGCCUGCCUUGCUGAACAGCACCUCCAAUCAGCUGUACCUGCGCUUUCAGUCCGACAUCAGCGUGGCUGCCGCCGGCUUCCACCUGGAGUACAAGACCGUAGGCCUGACUGCAUGCCAAGAGCCAGCCCUGCCCAGCAACGGCAUCAGAAUCGGGGACCGCUACAUGGUGAACGACGUGCUGUCCUUCCAGUGUGAGCCGGGCUACACCCUGCAGGGCCGUUCCCACAUCUCCUGCAUGCCCGGGACCGUGCGUCGCUGGAACUACCCGUCCCCACUCUGCAUUGCCACCUGCGGAGGGACACUGACCAGCCCUGGGGGUGUGAUCCUGAGCCCCGGCUUUCCUGGCUCCUAUCCCAACAACCUGGACUGCACCUGGAAGAUCUCACUGCCCAUCGGUUACGGCGCCCAUAUUCAGUUCCUGAAUUUCUCCACCGAGGCGAACCAUGACUACCUUGAGGUCCAGAACGGGCCCGCCCCCAGCAGCCCAAUGAUUGGGCAGUUCAGCGGCACCGACCUGCCCGUGGCCCUGCUCAGCACCACGCACGAGACGCUCAUCCGCUUCUACAGCGACCACUCGCAGAACCGGCAGGGGUUCAAACUCUCCUACCAAGCCUAUGAGUUACAGAACUGCCCGGAGCCGCCCCCCUUCCAGAACGGGUAUAUGAUCAACUCCGACUACAGCGUGGGCCAGUCCAUCUCAUUUGAGUGCUACCCGGGGUACAUCCUGAUAGGCCACCCUGUCCUCACCUGUCAGCAUGGGACCAACAGAAACUGGAACUACCCCUUCCCACGGUGCGACGCUCCUUGUGGGUAUAACGUGACAUCCCAGAAUGGCACCAUUUAUUCCCCGGGCUUCCCCGAUGAGUACCCCAUCCUGAAGGACUGCGUCUGGCUCAUCACCGCUCCCCCAGGGCACGGGGUGUACAUCAACUUCACCUUGCUGCAGACCGAGGCUGUGAACGACUACAUCGCCGUCUGGGAUGGUCCGGACCAGAGUGCGCCCCAACUGGGUGUGUUCAGUGGGAACACAGCGCUGGAGACAGCCUACAGCUCCACCAACCAGGUCCUGCUCAAGUUCCACAGUGACUUCUCCAAUGGAGGCUUCUUUGUGCUCAAUUUUCACGCGUUUCAGCUGAAGAAGUGCCCGCCGCCCCCCACGGUGCCCCACGCAGACAUGCUGACGGAGGAUGAGGACUUCGAAAUAGGCGACUUCGUGAAGUACCAGUGCCACCCUGGGUUCACCCUGUCGGGGAGCGACACACUGACCUGCAAGCUCAGCUCCCAGCUGCAGUUUGAAGGCCCGCCCCCCACCUGUGAAGCACAGUGCCCGGCGAACGAAGUCCGGACAGAGUCCUCCGGCGUAAUCCUGAGCCCAGGGUAUCCAGGAAACUAUUUUAACUCCCAGACGUGCUCUUGGAGUAUUAAAGUGGAGCCAACCUUUAACAUUACCAUCUUUGUGGACACCUUUCAAAGUGAAAAGCAGUUUGACUCACUGGAAGUAUUUGAUGGAUCUUCUGGGCAGAGUCCUCUGCUCGUGGUCUUAAGCGGGAACCACACCGAGCAGUCCAACUUCACCAGCAGGGGCAGUCAGCUCUUCCUCCGCUGGUCCACUGACCACGCGACCAGCAAGAAAGGCUUCAAGAUCCGCUACACAGCCCCGUACUGCAGCCUGAGCUCCACGCUGAAGAAUGGCGGCGUUGUGAACAGGACGGCGGGGGCGGUCGGCAGCACAGUGCGCUACUUCUGCAGGCCUGGGUACCGCAUGGUGGGCCGCGGCAGCGCCACCUGCAGCCGGAACCCCGUGGGCACGUACCAGUGGGACUCCCUCGCCCCCGCCUGCCAGGCUGUGUCCUGUGGCAUCCCAGAGCCCCCGGGAAAUGGCUCAUUCACGGGCAAUGAGUUCACGCUGGACAGGAAAGUCCUAUACGAAUGUAACGAGGGCUUCAGGCUGGAAGCCAGUCAGCAAGCAAGUGCAGUGUGUCGGGAGGAUGGCUUGUGGAGCAACAGGGGGAAGCCGCCUGCUUGUAAGCCGGUUCCGUGCCCCAGCAUCGAGGCGCAGCUGUCAGAACACAUCCUCUGGAGGCUGGUGUCCGGGGCACUGGACGAGUAUGGAGCCCAGGUCCUGCUGAGCUGCAGCCCAGGCUACUACCUGGAGGGCCGCAGGCUGCUGCAGUGCCAGGCCAACGGCACGUGGAGCGGAGCAGAGGAGCGGCCCCGGUGCAGAGUUGUCUCCUGCGGGAGCUUGUCCUUUCCCCCGAAUGGUAACAAGAUUGGGACGCUGACCAUUUAUGGGGCCACUGCCAUCUUCACCUGCAACACGGGCUACACCUUGGUAGGAUCGCACGUGCGCGAGUGCUUGGCCAACGGCCUCUGGAGCGGCUCGGAGACACGCUGCCUGGCCGGCCACUGCGGCUCCCCAGACCCCAUCGUGAAUGGCCACAUCAGUGGGGAUGGCUUCAGCUACAGGGACACAGUGGUCUACCAGUGCAACCCCGGCUUCCGGCUGGUGGGGACGUCCGUCAGGAUCUGCCUGCAGGACCACAAGUGGUCUGGACAGACCCCUGUCUGUGUCCCCAUCACCUGUGGCCACCCCGGGAACCCCGCCCAUGGGGUCACCAACGGCAGCGAGUUCAACCUGAACGACCUUGUGAACUUCACUUGCAACACAGGCUACCUGCUGCAGGGGGCCGCGCGCGCCCAGUGCCGGAGCAGCGGGCAGUGGAGCAGCCCCCUGCCCACCUGCCGAGUGGUGAACUGUUCAGACCCAGGCUUCGUGGACAGUGCCAUUCGACACGGGCAGCAGAAUUUCCCAGAGAGCUUCGAGUUUGGCACCAGUGUCCUGUAUCACUGCAAGAAGGGCUUCUACCUGCUGGGGUCUUCGGCCUUGACCUGCACAGCCAGCGGCCUGUGGGACCGCUCUCUGCCCAAGUGUCUAGCCAUCUCCUGCGGGCACCCUGGGGUCCCCGCCAACGCCAUGUUGACUGGGGAGCUAUUCACCUUCGGCGCCACAGUUCAGUACUCAUGCAAGGGGGGCCGGAGUCUCACCGGCAACAGCACCAGAGUCUGCCAGGAAGACAGCCACUGGAGCGGCUCGCUGCCCCACUGCUCAGGAAGUAGCCCCGGGUUCUGUGGCGACCCGGGGACCCCCGCACACGGCUCUCGGCUUGGGGAUGAAUUUAAGACCAAGAGUCUCCUGCGCUUCUCCUGCGAGAUGGGCUACCAGCUGCGGGGCUCUGCCGAACGCACGUGCCUGCCCGAUGGGUCCUGGUCCGGGACACAGCCCGUGUGUGAGGCCGUGUCCUGUGGGAAUCCCGGCACACCCACCCAUGGCCGCAUCGUCAGCAGCGACGGCGUCCUUUUCUCCAGCUCUGUGGUCUACGCGUGCUGGGAUGGCUACAAGACCUCUGGGCUCACCACGCGGCACUGCACAGCCAACGGGACCUGGACCGGCACUGCUCCAGACUGCACAAUUAUCAGCUGUGGAAACCCAGGCACACUGCCCAACGGCGUACAGUUUGGGACUGAUUUCACCUUCAACAAGACUGUGAGCUACCAGUGCAACCCUGGCUACCUGAUGGAACCUGCCACGGCCUCCACCAUCCACUGUACCAAAGACAGCACGUGGAACCAGAGCAAGCCUGUCUGCAAAGCUGUCCUGUGCAGCCAGCCCCCGCCCGUGCCCCACGGGAAGGUGGAGGGCACCGACUUCCGCUGGGGCUCCAGCAUCAGUUACAGCUGUGUGGACGGCUACCAGCUGUCCCACUCCGCCAUCCUCUCCUGUGAAGGGCACGGGGUGUGGAAAGGAGAGGCCCCCCAGUGCCUGCCUGUGUUCUGCGGAGACCCUGGGAUCCCGGCCGAGGGACACAUCAGUGGGAAGAGCUUCACAUUCAAGUCUGAGGUCUUCUUCCAGUGCAAGGUGCCCUUCAUACUGGUGGGGUCAUCAAGGAGAACUUGCCAGGCGGAUGGCACCUGGAGUGGCAUUCAGCCCACCUGCAUAGAUCCUGCACAUAACACCUGCCCCGAUCCUGGGACCCCACACUUUGGAAUACAGAAUAGCUCUAGAGGAUAUGAGGUGGGGAGUACCGUCUUCUUCAGGUGCAGGAAAGGCUACCAUGUCCAGGGCUCCACCACGCGGACCUGCCUCGCCAACCUCACCUGGAGCGGCACGCAAACCGAGUGCUCUCCUCAUUCAUGCAGGCAACCAGAAACUCCGGCACAUGCAGAUGUGCGAGCCAUCGAUCUGCCUGCGUUUGGCUACACCCUGGUGUACACGUGCCACCCCGGCUUCUUCCUUGCAGGCGGAUCUGAACACAGGACAUGUAAAGCAGACAUGAAGUGGACAGGGAAGUCCCCUGUGUGUAAAAGUAAAGGAGUCAGAGAAGUUAAUGAAACAGUUACUAAAACUCCAGUUCCCUCCGAUGUAUUUUUCGUCCAUUCGGUGUGGAAAGGAUACUAUGAAUAUUUAGGCAAGAGACAGCCUGCGACUCUGACUGUGGAUGGGUUCAACGCGACCAGCAGCAAGGUGAACGCGACCUUCAGGACAGCCCCGCAGGUGCAGCUGGACCUGACAGGGGUCUACAAGAAGGAAGAGGCUCACUUACUGCUGAAAGCCUUUCAGAUGAAAGGCCAGGUGGACAUCUUUGUGAGCAAGUUUGAGAAUGACAACUGGGGCCUGGAUGGUUACGUGUCCUCAGGGCUCGAGAGGGGAGGAUUCACUUUUCAAGGAGACAUCCAUGGGAAAGACUUUGGGAAAUUCAAGCUAGAAAGGCAAGAUCCCUCAAACCCUGAUCAAGACCCUUCGAAUCAUUACCAUGGCACCAGCAGCGGCUCCGUGGCAGCAGCCAUCCUGGUUCCCUUCUUUGCUCUUAUCUUAUCAGGAUUUGCAUUUUACCUCUACAAACACAGAACAAGACCAAAAGUUCAAUACAAUGGCUAUGCGGGACAUGAAAGCAGCAACGGGCAGGCCUCCUUUGAAAACCCCAUGUACGACACGAACUUAAAGCCCACAGAGGCCAAGGCCGUGCGCUUUGACACGACUCUGAACACAGUGUGCACGGUGGUAUAGCCCCGGGUGCCAGCCUGACUCAUAGCCAUACCUCUGAAGGACAAGCAGCAACUCCUCUGGUGCCACAGACCACACUUCCUUCUACUCUUGCUUUGCUGCAGCGCCUCGUCCAGUCCAUCGUCUUCUGGGGUCCGCGUGGCGGGAACCCCACCCACCCCUCGUGGCACAGUCUCCUGAGGCCCAGACUGCAGACGUGGAUUUCUCACAAGCCGCUGAGACCCAGGCCCGCUCCGGGGAGAAAUCCGAGUCCCGUGACCCACGAGCUCCGCCCCAGACUCCAGAUCUCGGCGCGCUGGGUGCCUUUCCAUGCAACCUCGGGCGCGCGGAGGUGUCCUGCAGGUACAGCGACAACACAGCAGCACCGCAAGCCAAGUCUUAACUUUCCUUUGAGUCCCCAUGGACACAGAUGCCCUAGAAGGUAAAGAAGGUUUUCUUGAGGAAGAUGCCUUCCUAACAGAUGCACACACCUGCGAAUGCUCCACUCUGUCCUUCCCGACACCCAGCGAGCUUUGAGGACCUCCCGGCUCCGAACGUCCACCGCAAGGGACAUUCGCCAGUCUCCCGCCAGCUGUCCUACUGCAGAAUUUUUGAUGCACAAUUUUUUGCACUAGGGUGUUAUGAACGAUGGAGUAACAUUCUGAUAAAA